AUGCCUGACCAAACUCCAUUCACCGUCAAAUGGGGUAUUCUAGCCACUGGCGGUAUCGCUGAGACUUUCUGCCGAGACUUGCUCUGUGACCCUGCCGUCCGCGACGUCCACGAUAUCCGCCACGAGAUUGCCGCCGUGGCCUCGUCGAGCUCCGCCGGACGCGCCGCCAGCUUCGUUCAAAAGAUCAACGGCCCUUCCACCGCCAAGACCUACGGCUCGUACGCCGAGCUUGUCGCAGACCCCGACGUCGACGUCAUCUACGUGGCCACGCCGCACAGCCACCACUUUCAAAACGCCAUGCUCGCGCUGGAUGCGGGCAAGAAUGUGCUGUGUGAAAAGGCUCUCACCGUCACCGCGGCUCAGACCAAGAAGCUGGUCGCCAAGGCCAAGGAGAAGAAUCUGUUCCUAAUGGAGGCUGUCUGGACGCGGUACUUUCCUUUGAGCAUCAAGAUUCGGGAGUUGAUUACCUCUGGUGCUAUUGGCAGAGUUCAUCGUACUGUCGCUGAUCUGGCCUUUGCUGACGGGCAAGAUGACGGCUCUGUCAAGUACCCUGACACUAAUCGCAUGGUGAAUUUGGAUCUUGCCGGUGGCGCUCUCCUAGAUCUUGGUAUUUACGCCCUCACUUGGGUAUUUCAGACGUUGUACCACCUCCAGCAAGACAAGGAAUCUCCCAACGUCCUCGCCGCCAUUGAUCAGUACCGCACCGGUGCCGACGAGACGACCAGCAUCAUCUGCCACUUCCCCAAGAACCAGAUGACUGGCAUCGCCACUACAUCGAUCAAGGUGGCCACUAAUCCGAACAACCUAAACUCGGCCGGCCCCGCGAUCCGCAUCCAGGGGACCAAGGGCGAGAUCCAGGUCUUUGGCCCGGCCUUCCGUCCCACGCAGUACAAGGUCAUCCGCCAGGACGACAGCAAGGUCGAUAUUGUCGACUGCCCCAUUCCCAAGGACCCCAAGGUCGACUACGGCCAUGGCAUGUUCUGGGAGGCUGACGAGUGCGCGCGCUGUCUGCGUGAUGGCCGCAAGGAAAGCCAGACUCUACCUUUGAGCGAGAGUAUUGUCAUCAUGGAGACCAUGGACUCUGCGCUUCAGCAAGGAAACAUCAAGUAUCCUGAGCUCAUUGCGACGGAUAUAUUUGAUCCCAAGAGCCCUCUCAAUGUUGGCAACAAGUAA